UUUAAAAUACAGAGCCGUGGAAGCUGUUUCUUUAUUUCACCCACAGUAACAACUUAGAUUAUGAGCACGCUGUUUUUUUGGACCCCCGCACACCAGCAGUGAUGGUUAAGGCUCGUAAAAGAAGUGUAGUUUGGGGGUUCUUCAAAAACAUAGACUCUCAGUCGGUCCGCUGUCUUCUCUGCAGGAGUUACCUGCUCAAAAAGGAUCAUGGUUCCACCACCCAUAUGUUGAGACACCUGCGUGUAAAACAUCCCACCGAGCUAUCCAGAAGAAGUAACGAACGUGCACCUGAAGCUGGCCCCAGCAGCGACGACCAGGACAUGGAGGCAGACGGAGAGCACUUCUGCUCCGUGGAAGUGGCGUUGGAGGAUGACGAAUCUGACAGUGUCACCACAGUACACAACACUGAUAUCAGCUCUUCCAUAAAUGGCUUCAUGGAUGCUCCACAUGGAGGUCCAGUAGAAAUAAUAACACACAUAGAGGCAAGUGAUGGGCGCCCUGUGAGACGGCCACGACAUCGCAGCGUGAUCUGGAGGCACUUCAAGCGCUUGGACAGUAUGAAUGCCGUUCGCUGCUGCAUCUGUAUGACGAAGCUGGUCGAAAGCGGCGGCAUCAGCAACCUGCGUCGGCACUUGUCUACGAGACAUCCUGAGGUGUACUCCGAGCUGCUGUCCAACCAGCAGCACCCAUCGCCACCGUUAAACUUCUCACAGGACUCAAACACUGUCGCCGAGACCGAUGAGGCCUUCUGGGCCACAGACCAGAGUGAAGUUCCGGUGGAGGUCGUGUUGAAGGACAGAGACUCUGAAGAGGUAACAGUGGUGAAUGAAACUGAUAAUGGUUCAGCUAUUGAUGGCAUCCCGGAUGCUUCUCAUGGAGGUCCAGCAGAACCACAAAUGCCCACAGAGGCGAGUAACAACCGUCCUGCAGGUCGUACACAGCGCAGUAUGAUUUGGAGGCACUUUGAGCGCUUGGACAGUCUGAAUGCUGCUCGCUGCCGCAUCUGCAUGAAGAAGCUGAAGUGUGGUAAAAAUAGCACCAGCAACCUGCACCGACACAUGUCAAAGAGACACCCAAAGAUGCUGUCAGAGAUGGUGUCCAGCGGGCUGCGUCUACCACCAUUAAACCUCUCCCAGGUCUCACAUGAUAACGAGACAUCAGAGCAGAGACAGGCUCCAGAUGAAUUGGUCUUAAAAGUGUCUGAAGGAGAAAGGCGUGUGCUCAGGAGGGAGAGGGAGCUAAUAGAAGCCCUGAGGAGGACGCAGAAAGAGGAGGCUCGGACUCUGGAGCAUCAGAGGGAGCUGCUGGAGAAGCUGCGGGCAGCGAGUGCCAGAGAGGCGGCAGCAGAGAAGGAGGAAAUUCAGUCUCUGAGGAAAGCACAGCAGGAGGAAGCCAAAGACUUAAGUAAACAGCGGGAGGAGCUGCAGAAGGAAAAGGCAGAACUACAGAAGAAAUGGAAGGAGCUUCAGCAGGAAAGAGAAGAACUCCUGCUGUUUUCCAGAGGACAGCAAGUCCCCUGAUUUUGACUUUGAUGAAUGCAGUCAUCAUUGCUUCAAACACAGGAU